GAUGGCAUUGCAGCCAGCCCCACGUCACGACACGGUCUUCCUGAGACCCUUGGCAGCCAUUGCAGCAUCAUGGAGCCGCAUGGAAGAAAAGGCCGGAACUUGCUUGGCCAAUGAUGUGACACAUCACCUUGUCGAGUAUGAGGGUGCCAACAACUUCCAGGAGGAUGUCAUGGGCAUGUUUCCGGAUGCUGAGAAUGAUCAGCACGCUCACUUCGAGCGAACAGUUCGAGAGGAAGAACCACAUCUCUUCGCUCUCACACGUGCUUCAAUUCCCAUGGAGGGACUCCCAUUGGGCAUCGAUCCGAAGAAGGCCUUUGGCGGCAUGCUUCGACUCAAGGAGAAGGCAAGAGUGGCUCACGAGAUGGAGAGCGCACGACAGCGUUUGAGCAAGCUCAACAACACCAUCCCUCACAAGAUUGCUACCCACAAACCGGGCUCCUUGGUCAUGCUAUGGCGGCAGCGAAAUCGCCCGGGCAAGGUGUCAGGAGGAUGGCAAGGUCCAGUGCGAGUUCUUCGACAAGAGUCACAAACCUUGUGGUUAGCAUCCGGCUCAUCCAUUGUCAGAGCAAGGACUAUGCAGGUCCGUCCAUGCACCCGCCGAGAAGAACUUCAAGCCUCACUGGAAGGCAUGGCAAUCAUCAAGAUGCCGGUCACUCUUGAGUCGCUCCUCAGGAACUUCACCGGUCGACAUUUCUCUGAUGUCACCGGAGAGACUCCUUCCCUUGAAGCACAACAAGAAGAUCUUAGUUCAGCUGGGGUCAGGAAGGCACCUGCUCAAGGGUACAAGGCCGACUCUUGGAAGUUCGGCUAUGAGGGCGACAGCAAAUGGCUCAUUCGAUGCCAUACCAUGCCACGGCUCGGACUCUUUGAUCCCAGCAAGCUCAAUGCACUCCCGGUGGAUGAAGACCAACUCACUGGACAGCGCAGGACAAAGCUCCGUGGCAUCCAUGACAAGAGUGAGCCAACCACCAUCGAAGAUAACUACAAGGAAACUGACCAGCCAGGCGUGGCAAGGGCAUCCAAGGCUCCUAAGACCACAAGGCCGGGUCGGAAGCGGAAGGUGAGCCCACUCACAUCGGCUCUCCGCGAGAAGGGAGUGAAUGCCGUUGAUGGUACUCCCGAGGCUGCAAGACCACGAUGCAGCCAAGAUGCAUGUGUUUUGCUUGGUGGACAUCCCGGUUAUCACGAAGAUGAUACUGGUCGCAAGUUCACCAUGAAUUCAUCAGGUGCCCGAGUGCCUAUGGAUGACACCUCAUCGUCAGCAUCUUCCUCCUCCGAUAGCUCAGAUGAAAUGAUCCCAGAUGAGGGGACGCAGAUCAACUACAACAGGAGCACAUCGGUUCAGAUGGAGAAGAUGACUCAGGUGCAAAAGGGCCCACAGUUUUUCUAUGCUCUGGAAAUCCCCAUUUCUCCGUCAGAUGCCAAAUACCUGACCGAGUUUCCAGAGAAGUCGAGCAUUUGGCUCUCCCGCAAGAUGCAAGAGAAAGGGCGAGAAGUGCGAUGGGCACAGCUCUCGAUGGACGAGAAGGUCAACUUUGACAUGGCCCAAGCAAAGGAGCUCAGCAACGUUCUUAGCUCCAAAGCUCUCCGGUCCCUGACCGAGUCUGAGGAAGCAGAGGUCGAUCCGACCAAGGUGAUGGACAUGUGCUGGGUUCUCACCGUGAAAGGGGACGGCAGCGCCAAGGCCAGACUGGUCGUUCUUGGCUUCCAAAUGGCCGGACUUGGAGAGAUCCCCACGGCUGCUCCAACUAUGUCACGUGUGACACGCAGCCUCCUGCUCAC